AUGUAUGAAUAAUGCCGAAAAAUGACGCGCAAUGCUUCUCUUUCGCAGCUCCGCUGCCCAAUUUUAAAAUAUUUUUACCUGCAUUAGUUAGGGUUUCUUAAACUUGAAAAUGGUCAAAUUAUACAUCCUACAGAUAUACACACACCUAUAUAUAAACAGAUUACACGAGUGAGUCAUGUAUAAAAUAGCCACCUCACCAUCUCCUUCACCUUCCUCGUUCUUUCUCCACUCUUCGCCCUUUCCAGUCUCGUCUCUCUCACUCUCUCUCGCUAAAUCUCUCUCCUCCACUUCUUAUCCUCUUCUCUCUCUAGCUCGCCGAUCGAAUUCUCGAUCUCUACGCCGCCGAUCUCCGCUCUCUCUCCGGGCCCACACUUCUACUGUACUUCAACCUCUCCAGAAAAGCAUCUCAACUAUGGCUUCUGAGAAUCCUUUCAACGGAAUUUGCACUGGUCUUCCCAAACCUGACGGUGGCGAAUUCGGAAAAUACUACAGCCUUACAGCUCUCAACGAUCCGAGAAUCGAUAAGCUGCCCUACUCUAUUAAGAUAUUGCUGGAGUCUGCAAUUCGUAAUUGUGAUAACUUCCAAGUUACUAAGAAUGACGUGGAGAAGAUCAUUGACUGGGAAAAUACUUCACCAAAGCAAGUUGAAAUUCCAUUCAAGCCAGCCCGUGUGCUUUUACAGGAUUUUACCGGAGUUCCUGCUGUGGUUGACUUGGCUUGUAUGCGUGAUGCUAUGAAUAAUCUCGGUGGUGACUCAAGUAAAAUCAAUCCUUUGGUUCCGGUGGAUCUUGUCAUUGAUCAUUCAGUCCAGGUGGAUGUAGCUAGACAUGAGAAUGCUGUGCAAGCAAAUAUGGACCUUGAAUUCCAGAGAAACAAUGAAAGGUUUGCGUUUCUGAAAUGGGGAUCUACGGCAUUCCAGAAUAUGCUGGUGGUUCCCCCGGGUUCUGGUAUUGUUCACCAGGUUAAUCUAGAAUACUUGGGAAGGGUUGUUUUCAACACCAACGGCCUUCUUUAUCCGGACAGUGUUGUUGGGACUGAUUCCCACACCACCAUGAUUGAUGGAUUAGGAGUUGCUGGCUGGGGAGUUGGAGGUAUUGAAGCGGAGGCAACGAUGCUUGGUCAGCCUAUGAGCAUGGUUUUGCCUGGAGUUGUUGGGUUUAAGUUGUCUGGGAAGCUGCAAGAUGGUGUCACUGCUACUGAUUUGGUUUUGACAGUGACACAGAUGUUAAGAAAGCAUGGUGUUGUUGGCAAAUUUGUUGAGUUCUAUGGUGAAGGUAUGGGUAAAUUGUCACUUGCUGAUAGGGCCACCAUUGCAAAUAUGUCGCCCGAGUAUGGAGCCACCAUGGGUUUCUUCCCUGUAGACCACAUUACAUUGCAAUACCUUAAAUUAACUGGAAGAAGCGAAGAGACAGUAUCAAUGAUUGAGGCAUAUCUGCGUGCAAACAAUAUGUUUGUCGACUAUAAUGAGCCUCAACAAGAUAGAGUUUACUCGUCCUAUCUUCAGUUGGAUCUAGCGGAGGUCGAACCCUGUAUUUCAGGACCAAAAAGACCUCAUGACCGUGUUCUUUUGAAAGAGAUGAAGACUGACUGGCAUUCCUGUCUGGAUAAUAAAGUCGGUUUUAAGGGAUUUGCGGUUCCAAAAGAUGCACAGGAGAAAGUAGUUGACUUUUCAUUCAAUGGACAACCUGCUAAGCUCAAACAUGGCAGUGUUGUAAUUGCUGCCAUUACGAGCUGUACAAACACAUCGAAUCCCAGUGUCAUGCUUGGAGCUGGUCUUGUUGCAAAGAAGGCCUGUGAGUUGGGACUGGAGGUCAAGCCAUGGGUGAAAACAAGUCUUGCACCAGGAUCUGGAGUGGUUACUAAAUACUUGCUUCAAAGUGGCCUGCAAACAUACUUGAACCAGCAGGGCUUCAACAUUGUUGGGUAUGGUUGCACAACGUGCAUAGGAAACUCUGGUGACCUUCAUGAAUCAGUUACUUCUGCAAUUACAGACAAUGACAUUGUAGCCGCGGCUGUUCUUUCUGGAAACCGGAACUUUGAAGGACGUGUUCACCCACUAACAAGAGCCAAUUAUCUUGCUUCGCCUCCAUUAGUUGUAGCUUAUGCUUUAGCUGGCACGGUUGACAUUGACUUCGAGAAGGAGCCAAUCGGUGUAGGAAAGGAUGGCAAGGAGGUUUACUUCAAGGAAAUCUGGCCUAGUAAUGAGGAAGUUGCAGAGGCUGUUCAAUCAAGUGUGCUACCUGAUAUGUUCAAGAAUACCUAUGAAGCCAUCACAAAGGGCAAUCCAAUGUGGAACAAAUUAUCCGUCCCAUCUUCUAGUCUAUAUUCAUGGGACGAAAAAUCUACCUAUAUUCAUGAACCACCAUACUUCAAGGGCAUGACAAUGGACCCGCCUGGUCCUCAUGGAGUCAAAGACGCCUACUGCUUGCUCAACUUGGGUGACAGUAUUACCACUGACCAUAUUUCUCCAGCAGGAAGUAUCCACAAGGAUAGCCCUGCGGCAAAGUAUCUCCUUGACCGUGGUGUUGAUCGCAGGGACUUCAAUUCCUAUGGUAGCCGACGUGGUAAUGAUGAAGUGAUGGCUAGGGGUACCUUUGCCAAUAUUAGAAUUGUUAACAAGCUGUUAAAUGGAGAAGUUGGACCAAAAACAAUUCACAUACCAACAGGGGAUAAACUUUAUGUUUUUGAUGCAGCAACGAGGUACAAGGAAGCUGGGCAUGACACCAUUGUUCUGGCUGGAGCAGAAUAUGGAAGUGGCAGCUCCCGAGACUGGGCUGCCAAGGGCCCAAUGCUCCAGGGUGUAAAAGCAGUGAUAGCCAAAAGCUUUGAGAGAAUUCAUCGCAGUAAUUUGGUUGGGAUGGGCAUCAUUCCUCUUUGCUUUAAGACUGGUGAGGAUGCAGAUACGCUUGGUUUGACUGGACAUGAACGUUACACUAUAGACAUUCCAAGUAAAGUCAGCGAGUUGAAGCCUGGUCAAGAUGUUACUGUCACAACUGAUGGUGGCAAAUCUUUUACAUGUACAGCACGGUUUGACACAGAGGUUGAGUUGGCAUAUUUUGAUAACGGUGGCAUCCUCCCUUACGUUAUCCGAAACCUGAUUAAGAAGUAAAUAUCAAGUAUCUUAUCAUGUGAGAUCACAGGAACAAUUAUAAUGGGAAUCUGGAACUGAAUCCAGAAUGUAGGUCUCAUACCACCGAGGUGCCUGCGUCUUCUUCGUCUUGUCUUAAAUAUUUUAAUAAUGGAAUAAGCAUUUUGUUCCUCUAUAAUUGGAGUAGCAACUCAGCAUCAGCAGUUCAAUUUCAGAAGCAUUUCUUGUUCAUUAUAAUUUGCUGAUGUUACUAGUGUCAGGUAGUUAGGAAGAAGUGAGAAUCAGUUGUUGAUUUUUUCAAUUGUGAUUCAGAAUGACAUCCUUGAAAGUUUGUUAUAUUUCAUAAUUUUGCUGGCA